GUAGAUGAUAUUUGCGCGCGUGCUACACUGAGAAAUGUAUUCUUCGCGCACACCGAUUUUUUUCGCAUUAUGUGUGACAUAUGUCACACUGUACAGACCUGCCAAAAGCUCUUAACUGUACAUCAAAGGUCAAAUCACAUGUGUAUUCCUCAUAUUUGUGGUUCUGCCUGAAACUAUCAUUUGACCUUCAAUGUUUACUGAUGUUAAGGGAGAUGUUAACACAAUAGUAAACGCUGAACACACACACACAGGUGCCAGAUGCGUCGGUUCGGCUGGACCGGAGCGCGCGUGACUGAUCGCGGAGCGUCACGUGGCUCCGGUGGACACCAACGAGCGGUGCAAAGUUCCCGAUGGUCCUGAGGGGUGAAACGGGGAUGAUCGUACAGUCAGAGGAAGCAAAGGACAUCACCUGAGACCCGCUGGCCGUGUACCGAGAAAUGUGUAACGCGUGUAGCCGUGGAGGAUGCACGCGGGGAUUUAACGCUUUCUGCAUUGUUGCAAUGCGGCGGAGGAGACUCUGAUGAGAGCAGAUAUCUGGGGCAGUAACACUGGGAUUGCUGGCGUAUCUUGCUGCUUUAUUCUGGAUCCGCGCGUCCGAUCUGUCCGUCUCCGGUUGCGCAUUACAUGCGAGGGUCCGAGCGCGCGUCUCAUCUGCUGCGCGACUGCGUCUGUCUCCGUUCGUCCAUCCGACCCCGUUAAACCCGAAGACGAUGACCAGCACCGACCAGCAUCAGGACGGGACCAUGACGGUCUCCAAGAAAUCCAUCGUUGCCAAGAUGUUUAAGGUGCGCAAGAGGAGAGAGAUGCUGCUGGCGCAGGUGUGUUUGGUCUGCAGUGUGCUGUUCGUGGCGUGGGGCAUGUCAACCCUGCUCACGAGGACAGGUCACGGCAUGAUUGUCGAAGAACCGAUGGAGUCACAUGACCACAGGGGCCGACGGCUGAUGUCAUCAGAAUCCGAUAAUGACACGAUGGAGAAAAACUGCACCGCACCAGCCGUCCAUGAAUUUCCAGAUGACAUGUUUAGCAACGCUGAACGAAAGAGCGGCGCCGUACUGCUACACAUUGUUGCGGCUCUCUACAUGUUCCUGGCCCUGGCAAUCGUGUGUGACGAUUAUUUUGUGACGUCUCUUGAGAAGAUUUGCGAGAAGUUGAGUCUGAGUGAAGAUGUGGCUGGUGCAACGUUCAUGGCGGCUGGAAGUUCUGCUCCUGAGCUCUUUGCUUCUGUUAUAGGCGUUUUCAUCACUCACGGGGAUGUUGGUGUCGGGACCAUCGUGGGUUCUGCGGUCUUCAAUAUUCUCUGUAUCAUAGGAGUCUGUGGCAUCUUUGCUGGACACGUAUGUGUGGUCUAUCUGACCCGGUGGGCUGUUUUUCGUGAUUCGUUCUUCUACAUAUUGUCUGUAGUUGCUCUGAUCGUGUUCAUCUACGAUGGGAAGAUUGUCUGGUGGGAGAGUUUAAUUCUGGUGUGCAUGUACGCUGUGUAUAUUCUCAUCAUGAAAUUUAAUGCAAGCAUGCAGAAAUGUUUCACAAGGCACUGCGACAAAAACGUUGCAAAUGGAAACGCGGCGAGCGGCAGUGAACUCGAAGAUGGUAAUGAGAGUUUAGACGAUCCGUCUGUACCGCUGUUGUGUGAAGUCAAGUCCAGUAAAGCGUUCAGUCGGGGUUCUGUUGUCAUGGUCGAUGAGAUUAUCAACGCCAGUCCGACACAUUACCGUUUCCCUGAAGCGGGUCUACGUGUCAUGGUCACCAACCACUUUGGACCCAAGACUCGUCUCCGCAUGGCCAGUCGUCUCAUUAUAACAGAGCGUCAGAGGUUGGUCCAGGAAGCCAAUGGUGUUGAGACCGCUGUGGUGGACGGUAAACCUGACAUUGAAAAUGGAAAUGUACCGGAGGACCAAGGCACUGAAGAUAAAGAGAAUGAGCUCAACUCACCGUUCACACUACCAGGCGGCUGUAUGAACACAACUAAAUGGCUGAUCUCUUGGCCAUUAUUGUUGAUCUUGUACUUCACCAUCCCAAACUGUGCCAAACCACGCUGGGAGAAAUGCUUCAUGGUGUCUUUCAUCCUCUCCACCGUCUGGAUCGCCGUCUUCUCAUACCUGAUGGUUUGGAUGGUGACAAUAAUCGGAUACACGCUUGGCAUUCCUGAUGUUAUCAUGGGCAUCACAUUUCUGGCAGCGGGCACGAGCGUCCCAGAUUGUAUCGCCAGUCUUAUUGUCGCUCGGCAAGGUCUGGGGGAUAUGGCUGUAUCCAACACUAUCGGCAGUAACGUCUUUGAUAUUCUGGUGGGUCUCGGUCUCCCCUGGGCUCUACAGACCAUGGCCAUCAGUUAUGGAUCAGUUGUGAUGAUAAACAGUCGAGGGCUGGUGUACUCUGUUGUGCUUCUGCUGGGCUCUGUAGCUCUCACCAUUCUUGGCAUUCAUCUGAACGGAUGGAAGUUGGACUGUAAGCUGGGUGUGUAUGUGCUGGUGCUGUACGCUAUCUUCCUCUGCUUCUCCAUCAUGAUCGAAUACAACGUCUUCACUUUCGUCAACUUACCCAUGUGUCAAGAACACUAGAAUUUCUCCUCUCAUCCAUUUCCCAGAAUGCACCAUCAGUGUCCUCUAAUGAUGUUGACCUGGUGACCAUCUUGCACUUUGAUCUCAUUUUGAUCUUCGUUCUUUCACUCAUGAAGCAUCGUCACCUCAGGCUGGAUGAAUGUGAGUUUUUAUAGCGCUCGAUUAAAGCUUCACGUGUCGUCUCGUGCUGUACGGACACUCGCAUUUCACUGUGGACGAACGAAUGGAUCAGAUCUUCCAGUGAGCCCUAGGAAGAGAAAGCUUAGACACCACUUUUUCUUUUAUUAUUGCCGCAAAACGUCUUUUGUAAACGUUGUUAGAUGAACUCUCUGCUGUGUUUGCAUCACGUCACAGAUUACUUUGCGUCGCAUGGUGCCUGCUUAGUACAUAGUGUAACAAAUACAGAAUAUUGCAGAAUUUAUUUACUUAUUGUAAUAUUUUUGUUUAUAAAAUAGAACGUUCUAGAGUUUCACAGCACAAACUGUUUCUUCAUAUUAUGAAAGGCUUUUAUUAUGAACUUGCCUACUAAGAGAUUGGAUCAUUUCAAGGUGAAGAUUCGGGUGGUAUUGGAGUGAGUUGGUAUCAGGGAUGCUCGUGACCCCGGAUGUGGCCAGUGCACACAUUUCAAUGCAAAUUUACGCUCACUUCAAGUCUAGAUGCUAAAUGUAGAAAUUAGCACUUUGAUGCGAGCCAGCGGUCGCGUGUAUUUAAUUUCAGAAAGCUUCCUUCGGUCCGAUGUGUGUUUGUGUUCAUGUGUAGUCGUGUCAGGGAAUCCUCCUCCUUACCUGAUGACUCCGUGACCAAAGCCAAAAGAGCACAACCUGAAUCCGCAGUGCAUUAUGGGACGUGGCACCGAGGCGAUCUCCUGACGACCGUCUCCAUGGCAACAUGCUCGGUUUCCACCUGGCAGCUACUGAACCAAAACUCGUUCGGGAAGCCAGAGACCCUUGUUCGGUUUUGGGCAGCCACGUGCUUUCGUGCUUCUUUAUGCAAUAUGAAGUCAGUUUUUUUAAAGUUGGUGUGAAACAGCAUUAGGAUUUGGAGAUGGUAACGUUCUUGCAUUGACCUCCCGCCGACUGGGCAGUUGGAGGACGGAUCUGAGCUGAACUUUUUGUUGAGAUGAAACCGUGGAUUUGAGACGUUUGUGGGUUGUUUAUUCCUUUCAGGAUCACAAAUAUAAAGCUAUAUGUUCUUGCACGUCCUCCUGACACCCCUUUCGGACUAAAACACGGUUUAUUCCUGUGGUCUGUUCAUACAUACACCUCACGUGUAAGCAUCUCAGUCCAAACCAAGCAUUAAAGGAUCUUCUCUGGUGCCAUUUUCUAAAAAAAAACACAGGGAGUGACUCUCAGAAACAUGUCCAGGUCGAACCACAAAAACAAUUUAAAAAAAAAUGUGAUGACAGAUUCUAGAGACAUUUUAUGUAAAAGCAUUAUUGCUGAUGGUGAUUCUUCUUAAAUUUUCAUUUUAUUGACUUUUAUUUACCAUAAUAGAUUUAGUACAGAAAACUCCAUGGUGUACAUUAUAAAUAUACAUUUGCAUAUUUUGCUUAAUGGAAAUCGUGCUUAAUUUUCAUAAUUCAAAAUGUUAUUUAUUUUGAUUCAAAGGUGAAAAAAUGACCCGGAUAUGUUAAAUAAGUGUCCAAAAACACACAUGCACAUGUUGAUAAUGCAAAACGUAUUCAACUGGUGCAACUUUUUCCUUUUUUUAUUCUAAAAUAAAUGAUUUUUGUAUAUAAAUGUUUAACAUUCACUUGCCUGCAAAUGUUUUUCCAUCAGUUGAACUGUUGGGGUGUUAUUUUGAGUUGUUGUCGAUGAUCUUCAUUCUGUGAUCUUACCCGUCAAAACAAUGAAUAGUGGUCACAUACUGUAUGUUUAAUAUGUCACUUUGUUUUUAAGUAUAAUUGUAAUUGUAGUGUGUCUACAUAUUGUGGAUUGUAUCAGAACCGGGUACGAAAUAAGCUCACAGGUAUUUAAUACAUGUAUGAUAACAAAAGAAAGUCUGUGUAUUUGUGUGUAAAGAAAGCGACCCCAUGCACUGUGAGCUCCAUGUGAUGUGGGAUUCAUGUCAAUAAGAAACUGAAUGAUGAUCAAAAUAUAUAUCUAUGUAAAGUUAAUUACUAUGAACUAUAAGAAAAAUACAAAUGUAAAACUUAUAUGAAUGUAUUGUCAAGCUAUAAUGGACUAUUCCAACCAAUGCAUUUUACUGUAAAGCAAUAACAUAAUGUAUGUAGAAAAUAUAGUCAAAAGAGUUCCUGUACAUUUUCAUAUGAAAAAGGAAUGUUUAAAAUAACUAAAAUUAAAUGA